CGGAGGGCGGCGAGGGGACCCUGGGUCCGUUCACUCCCAGAGGACGCUGGACUCGGGGCCACCUGCCGGGUCACACGGUCCUCAAGGGCCUGGCUUUUUAAGGUAGGGGCUGAGCCGGCACAGUGCAAGGGGCUCCUGGUGCCCCAGGGGAAGCUCGGGGCGCCAGAGGAGCCCCCAGCCCCCGGCUCCCAGCACACAUCCACCUCGGACACGUUGGUGAUCUCCAUGCCUGGCUCUCCCACCCUGGCCAGCCUGUCCCAGGAGGCCUCUAGGGAGCCCAAGUGGCAAGAGGGCGAGGGAUGGGGCCGGCUGCGUUCUGGGCUGGCCCACGGGGACUGGGGGAAGCCAGGCCAGAAACUACGGUGUCAGAGGGGCGUGGCUGCUUUGGGCCCACCCAAGGGCCCGCAUCCGGGGGUGGGGUGGCUCCUGCCCUGGUCAGGCCGGGCGCCCGGUGGGCGGUGCUGCCACGGGUCCGGGUGGUCUGUCGUUCAGAGCGGGUACUGCCCUGGGAGCCCGGGCGAGCCAGCAGCAGGGGGUACAGGGACCAAGUGGCCCAGCCCCUUGGGCAGGGUGUCAGGGCCGGAGCCCAGAGCGCUGAGGUUCAGGCCAGGCUCCAGCCCCGACCCGCAAACCAGAGUGGGAGAGAGCGGCAAGCUCGCCACUCAGUGGAGCGUGGAAGGAGAGGAGGGCGCCGCCCGGGGGCAGCGCGAGCAGGAGAGGGCCUGGCAGCUUCGGGCCCAGGAUGAGGGCGAAGGAGGCCAGUCCCUGGAGCAGCUAGAGCAGGAGAAGCUCCUCAGCCCGAAGCCCUCGGAGGGCCCUGAACUGGACGAGGACGAGGGUUUCGGCGACUGGUCCCAGAAGCCGGAGGAGCGGCGGCAGCACCGCGGGGCUGGGGAGACCGUGGACGGUGGGGCCCCCCCUCAGGGCGAGAGUCCGGAGGGGGGGCAGGAGGAGGACAGGCCCCGCCAGCACGCCUUUGGGAGCCAGGGUGGCGACGAGCUGACCCCAGCCGGGGUCUGUCUGGAGGAGCUGCGUCUGAGCCCCGACUCAGAGCCCCAGGAGGGGCCGGGAACAGAGGACACAGAGCCCAACGGCCCCGAGGGAGCCGUCCAGGGAAGCCCAGGGCUGGCAGAGACCGAGGAGGCAGAGGAUGAGCAGCACCAGAGAUGCCAGCAGCGCAGGACGCCCAGCCCCUUGGUCUUGGAGGGGACGGACCCGGGCUCGCCUCCCCUGAGCCCCAGCACCAAACUCAGCGACAGAACUGAGUCCCUGCACCGCUCCAUUCAGAAGAGUAACAGCAUGAAGAAGUCCCAGCCAGCCCUGCCCAUCUCCACGAUUGAAGAGAGGCUGGAGCAGUACACGCAGGCCAUCGAGACCUCUGGCCGGACCCCAAAGCUAGCCCGCCAGCCGUCCAUCGAGCUGCCCAGCAUGGCCGUGGCGAGCACCAAGAGUCGCUGGGAGACGGGAGAGGUGCAGGCUCAGUCCUCCGCCAAGUCCCCCACCUGUAAGGAUAUUGUCGCGGGAGACCUGAGCAAGAGGAACCUCUGGGAGCAGAAAGGAGGCCCCAAGGCUUCGCCGAUGCUCAAGAGCACCCCGUCUGCCAAGAGGUACAAGUUUGUGGCCACUGGACACGGGAAGUACGAGAAAGUGCUCGUGGACGAGGGCUCGGCGCCCUAGGCCGUCCUUCUCGCUUUCCCAAGACUGCAGCACCGCCAGCGGCACCUCCUGGCUCCCGACCCACGUGCCCAGGGGAGAGGCCGGCCAGAUGAACGCCCCCCCGCCCCCCACUGGCCCCGCCGAAGAAGCUGCUUCUCAUGGUCUGCCUGGCCCGCGAGCACCCCCGACAUCCGUCACCUCUUGCUCCUGGACCCUCCAACCUUUCCCCCUGACCCCCAGCUCUGCCCCUCACAGUUCCGGGAGGAAAGGAACUCUGGCUGUUGGUUGGCAAAAGGACCACCUCCAGAGAAGCUGCGAGCUCCCAGGGAAGGCGCAGCCGGUGCAGAGAGAGGCCACGUGCUGGGGCCUCCGUGUCCAAAGCCACCAACACCCACAACAGCACUGGGCCCCCCCGCCCCGCCCCGCUUGCAGCCCUCCACUUUGUGCAGUAAACUCCCUUUGGUGUCUCCA